UAAGAGGAGCCUCCUGAUUGGCUGGAGGAACACUCCCUUCUCAGAGGAGCCUAGAUUGUUCUAGAAAGUUCUUUCUGGCCUCUCCUCAGCCCUCUUUUCCACCUCAGGCCUCUUUUUUGCCACCUUUCCUCCCCUAUCAGCAAGAUGGGGGAAUGGCAAAGGGUCUUUGCCCGACAUCGGACUGUCCCUCCACAUAACCAGAGAAGACGACACCAACCGCCCCGGGAAUCCACCGCGUUUCAGUGUGCCCUGAAGCGGGUGGAGGGGACAGCAUUGAAGCAGAAGGCGCUGGAGAACAUGGCGGAGGUGGAGUUCCAGCUGCGCCUUUCCCUCUUUGACGCCACCUACCGCCAUUUCUUCGGGAAGACCUGGAAAAGUGCCACAAAGACCCUCAAAACUAUGCCGGGGCAGCCUCCCACGGUGGUCUUCAAUGAGACUGUGUACUUCCACACCUCUUUGGCUCAUCCUAGCAUCCUCCUGGUGAUCGAAGUCGUAGCUGCGGCCAUGAAACGGGACGGCACUCCUCAAGAUCUGUCCUGCGGCUUUGCCUUACUCCAUUUGUUCAACACCAAACCCGAGCCAACCAACCCGGAUCCGAAAGACAAAGGGUUCAGUCUGUAUCACGGGACGCCACGAGCCCUUUUGCACCCGCUGGCCCAGGAGCCGAUAGAGAAGAACAAGUUCCUGGCAGUGAUGGAGGGCAGCUUUUUGCAAUGUACUUUGCAGCUCCAUCCUCCCUUGGAAGCUGUCUAUCACCUUCUCUCCGAAAACACUCCUGUCUCUGCCCAGCAAGGAAUCCCUGGUGUCUUAGCAGUCCAUGAAGGAGAUCCUUUGCAGAAACCACGGCUCAUGAAGACAGUGACCUGGUACUUGGAGACCCUUGCCAUCCACUUGUACCCUUCGCUGGAGAAAUUUGAGGAGGAGCUGUUAGACGUACUCAUGGAUGACCAGGGUAACUCGGCCCUGGAUGGGAACACCCUUCUUGUGCAGGAACGGCGGCUCCACAUUGGGGUCCACAACGGUUUUUGCUUCGUCCAGCCCCCGCAGGUGGCAGUUGUGGUGCCCGAGAUGGACGUGGCCCGAGGACGUGCUGGAAGCUUCCAUAGAAAACUAAGAGCCGCUGGAAAGCCUAGCCCAGAGAGGCAAGGGCUUGUCCUGAGGAGCCGUAUCCACCUGACAGAGAUGGUCCGCCAUCCGGCCUUCGCGGUGGUCUUCUUGUUGGAAUACGUCUUCUCUGCUGUGCACAGAUCUGACAUUAAGGCGUCCUCUGUUACCUCUUUGAGGACACCAUCCUACAUGCAUGCCAUCCGCUGGGCCAUCUGGAACCCCUCGCUGGAUGCGGUUUCUUUGGAUAUGGUCCUCCCGCUGCAAGGAGGAGCCCAGCCUAGUCCCAACCAUGUGCUGGUUUACAAGACACCCCCGGCUGCCAUGAGCUCAGAAGAGGUGAAGCAAGUUGAAUCUGGGACCAUCCAGUUCCACUUCUCCGCUGGCUCUGAGAAGCACCUUGGGACCCCUACAAAACCCUCUGGCAAUGUCAAGGAACAGCUGCCUCUGGCUAAGGCAAAGAACCCACCCCUCUCCUCUCCUGGUUCUCCAUCUUCUCCUCAGAUGCUAGUUUCCACUCAAGAUCAUUCCCAAGGCCCUGGGCUCUCAAUAUCUCAGCUCUCUGUGUCUCCGGUGCGACUCGCAUCCAAGCCCCCCUUGCAGCCCUUCAUCACUUCUCUGCCAUCCCAGCCCUCAGAGGCUCUCAGGCAGGUUGCACAAGAGGAGUGUCUGCAAGGUGCCAUCACUCACUUAGAGUCAGACCUCAGCCAUAGCUCCCUGGUCCAGGACUCCUCUCCUGUGGACCACCUCCGUGAGCUGCCCUUCACACCUGUCCAUGUGCCCAUCAUUGCUCUGGGGGCACCCUCAGGAAGCUCCAGCACUGUCCUGACCCGGGCCUCCCUCGCCCGCCUGCGUGCCUCUGGGUUUCCUCAGCUCCUCGACUGCAACAAGGAGCCAGUCCAAAUGGUGGAGCCUACGGACCCUGUGCACUUCGACCCGCAACGGGAAGAAGCUGACCUCUUGCAGAAUAACGAAAUCGUCUUGCAGUUUCUCGCAUUUACCAGGACCCUGCAGGACCCCACAGCUGCAGAGGCCUGGCCGAAGACCAUCUAUUUCACCUUCCAGUUUUACCGGUUCCCUCCGGUCACGACGCCGCGGCUGCAGUUGGUCAAGACUGACAGCUCCGGAGGGGCUUCGGCCGUGACCUCCCCCCACCUUUUGGUCCAGAUUAACCAAGAUGGAACCCUGAACCUUGGCUCUACAGGUUUCCAGUUGAGAUACAUGGUGGAUCCUGGCUUUCUCAAGCCAGGGGAACAGCGAUGGUUCCUCCGCUACCUUGCCGAGCACACCCUGCAAAUCGACGCCUGGGAUGGGGAUUCUUUGCUCCUUGUUGGAUCUGCUGCUGUAAAACUGAAGCAUUUACUCCGCCAGGGCCGGACAGCCGUUCAAGUCCACCACGAGCUGGAGGUCCUCACCAUGGAGUACAAGCAAGAAGCGACAGUGAUGAGUGGGGAGGCUUUCCACCAUGGCGCCGUGAAACCCAUUGGAGUCCAGGCUGUGGUGCGAGGCCGCAUCCACCUGAGCCUGGCCAACAUUGGUCACCUUUGUGAACAGAGGCUGAAGAAGUCACACUCCUUGCCGCUUUCUCGCUCGCGGAUCAUCUCCUCGCACGACGGGACCAGUGGCUUCCAUGGAGGCAGCCUGCUCUCCCUUCAUGCACCCAUUGCAGGAAACGUGUGCCAGGCACAGAAGCUGGCCGACGUGGACAGCGAGUUGGCGGCAAUGCUCUUUUCCCACCUGCGCGAAGUCAGUGCCACCUUCCAGCAUGCCAGCCGUGAGGCCGGCGUGGUCCGGAGGCGGAAGCUGGAGAGGAUGCUCUCUGUCCGGAAGCGAGAGUCCCAAGAGGGAGACACCGGGAAGAAAGUCAGUCUCAUCUUGGGACGCCAUGAAGACCGCAUCCAGCACUCAAGGGACCUGCAGAUCAUUGAAGCUUACCGGGAGCGCAUCAAAGUAGAGAGCAUCGCCAGCAUGCUGAGCCAAGCCAUCACUACCCGCCACACCGUCUACGCCACCUUUGGGGCAGCGGAGUUCUUUGAGUUUGCCCUCAAAAACCCUUAUGGCGUCCAGCACACGGUCACCAUUGAGAUUGACAACCCUGAGCUCAGUGUCAUUGUGGACGCCCGAGAAUGGAAGCAUUUUAAGGAUCUGACUCAGACAGUCACCCCAUUGGAAGAGGAGAUGUUUCACCUCCAGGAGAACCUGGCCCCCCAGGUCUACUUGCGUCCCAAGGAGACGGUGCACAUCCCCUUCAAGUAUCAGGCCUUCUGCAUGGACUCCACCACCAUGAUGCAGCAAGGUCCUGCAGAGCUGUCAUUUGGCGAGGGCCAAAAGGAUGCAGCGGCCUUUUGGAAGUCCAGCGGCACACAGACAAAGCACAUCAAGGUCUCCUUCACAGCAAGCGAUGGCAAGCCUAUCGCCAUCCUCCAUCUCAGCGUGGAAUCCCAGCCCCACGUUGUGGACCAGACUUUCCGUUUCUGUCACCCAGAGCUCACCUUCCUGAAGAAGUCCAUCCGCCUCCCUCCGUGGCACAUGCUUCCAGGUGCUCCUGUGGGGAUGCCGGGUAGAGAACCGGAGAUGUUUGUACGCUGCAGUGAUCCUAACAUCAUCUGUGAAACCAAGAAAAUGGGCCCUGGUGAACCCCAGGAUGUGUUUCUGAAAGUUGCCGGAGGACCGAGUCCACAGAUCAAGAGAUUCUUUCUGGCCAUUUACAUGGAUCCCUGGCUGGCCACUCCGACACAGAUCUGGCAGUUCUACCUCCAUUCCUUGCAACGGAUCGAUGUGAGCUGUGUAACCGGGCAGCUGACCCGCCUCUCGCUGGUGCUCAGGGGGACGCAAGCCCUCCGGAAGGUGAAAGCAUACGCCUCCCACCCGCAGGAGCUGAAGGUGGACCCAGAAGGCGUCUUCCUUCUCCCUGCCAACGGAGUGCAAGACUUGCACCUGGGCAUCCGGCCCCAAAGCGCAGGAAGCCGCUUUAUCUACCUCAAUCUGGUGGACGUUGAGUACCACCAACUCGUCUCCUCCUGGCUGGUCUGCUUGUCCUGUCGGCAGCCUCUCAUCUCCAAGGCCUUUGAAAUCCUGCUCCCAGCUGGCGGAGGCAAAGGCUCCAACAAGAGGAUCACCUAUGCCAACCCCUACCCGACCCGGAGGAUGUAUUUCCUUCAUACCAACCGGCCAGACUUGCUGCAGUUCAAGGAAGACUCCUUUGAGAUCGCCGGAGGCGAGACCUAUACCAUCGGCUUACGCUUUGCUCCGAGCCAGAGCGCCGGCCAGGAGGAAAUUCUGAUUUACAUCAACGAUCACGAAGACAAGAACGAAGAGACCUUCUGUGUGAAGGUCGCCUACCAGUAACUCUGUGUGUGUGUGUGUCUGGGUCUACCUUUAACUCGGUCGUUUUCAACUCCUUCUGGCCAUUCAUCAAACUUCCCCAGAGGCACGGUUCUGUUCCUUUCAUUAUUCCCAUCUGCCAAUAGUCCUUGUGUCCGUGAAUCGUCCCUUGGCCACACGUCUGCAGAGAGGCCUUCUUCCCAGCGGCCGGAUGCCUCCCUCCCCAUUUUGGCGUGUGUCUGAAUGAUUGAUUCCCCCCAAAGAUUCCUCACACAUCAGCAUCACAACCUCCAUUGGCACGGCUGCUGAGUCCUCUUGGUCCUCUUUCUACUCCUCCCAGAUUUGGAUCGAAAAUGCAUCCCUCUCACCCUGAAACAGUACUCAGAGAAGGUCACUGAGGCUGUCAGGCCUUCAAGGGCAAUGAUUCCGGCUUGUCUGGAGAUUGGGUUGGUUUUGUAGCCUUAUCUCCCUCCCCCAUAGAGAUGGAGUUUGUUUGUAUUUUUAUAUAUGAAAAUAAAUUAUUUUGUUGGAAA